GUUAUUUUAUAAGGUCUAUGGUGUAGAGUGACGAAAUUUUGGAAUGUAUUAAUUUUAGGUUAUAUAUGAUUGUUACAUAUUCUUUUAAAAUUUAUAAAAAUGAAGUGUACUUGAGUAGUGCCUACAGUAAUUAGUAACUUAUUACUGUUGGCGGUAUAUAUUUGAUUGUAUCAGGAUUUUAAUAAAUUUCGUCGCUAAUAGCAAGAUGUCCCCUCAGCAAAACGAAUAUUGUGAACUGCUAUCAAAUGACGAAAAUCUGCAAGUCUUUAAAUUGCUGGGAAGUCGUUGUCAAUCUCUUUGUACAACAGUAGUGCAAUUAUUUUAUACCCAUCCACCUUAUCACUCAGAAUGGCUAAAAAAGGGCACAGGUGUUUUAUGCUUCGUAAAAGACAAUGGUAGAAAAAAUUUCUUUUUUCGUUUGUUCUGUUUAAGAAGAAAUAUGAAGUUGUGGGAGCAGGAAAUGUAUAGCAAUAUGGAAUAUAUUGAAGCUACAUCUUUCUUUCAUAUGUUUGAGGGACAUGAUUGUGUAGUAGCAUUUAAUUUUGCAAGUAAAGAAGAAGCCAGAAAUUUAAGAAUUGUCGUUGCUCAAAAAAUUAAUGCUAGGCGGAGAAGAGAAGAAAAGCGUUCACGUCAAAUAAAUCACAGUCAAACUGUACCUGGACCUACUGUAGAUUUUUCUGGCUUUAAGAAAAAUCCUGAUCCAACUGCUACAUUAGCUAAACGUAAAAGAAAUAUCACUAAGGCUGAUAUAAGUACACCUAUGGACUUUAAACACAUUUCACAUGUUGGUUGGAAUUCCACUUCUGGUUUUGAUGUUAAUACGGAAGACGAAGAAUUAAAGGCAUUUUUUAAAAGUGCUGGAGUAUCAGAACAACAGCUUCAGGAUAAAACGACAAGAGAAUUUCUCUAUGACUUUGUAAACACGCAUGGAGGCCGAGAUGCUGUUGUGAAAGGUAUAAAAGUUGAAUCCGUUUCUGAUGGUGCGCCCCCCGCUGUACCUCCUCGGGGACCUACACGAGGACCUCAUUUUAGAAAUGCUCCUCCCCCUCCCCUUCCUCAAAAAAGUAACAGUGUAAUGGCCCGACGACCAAAACUAAUGGAACCUCCUAAAAAACCACCUCCAGCUCCUAUUCCAGGUUUGGCCCCACCAGCACCCCCUCCUCCACCGCCACCUCCCCCAUUAGAAACGAUGGGACAAAAUAAUGUGUCUUCUCCAGCACCACCGCCGCCUCCUCCCCCAGUAGCAGACACAGUGAAUUCUGCUUUACUUCAAAGUAUACGUACCGGCACUACACUUAAGCCUGUCGAAGAGAGAAAAGUGGCCCCGCAAGAAGACGCUCGUAGUGAUUUAUUAAGCGAGAUUCGCAAGGGUUGCAAGCUAAAACCAGUCGAAGACAGAGAUAUAAGGCCUAUCUCUAACCCACCACCAGAACAAGGUGGAGCAGUUGAUUUGAGUACUGCUUUAAAGAAGGCCUUAGCAGAACGUAGCAUGGCUAUCCAUUCUGAAGAUGACGACGAUGAUGUUUCUACGGAUGAUGAAUGGGAGGACUAGUCUUCCGAACAUUAUAAUGAAAUAUUUAUGUAAUCACUUACUUUAAGUAACAGUAAUAAAUGUAGGUGAAUAAAUACCCAGUGAUCAAAAUUAUGCAGGUAUGUUCAUAGAUGAAUUUUUUUUUUAAUCGAGAAAUUCAGUAAAUGGCUGAAUAUUAUUAUUAUUUUCUGAUGUUUACUUUAACUUACCAAUUUAAAAUGACUAAUAUAAAAGGAAGGAAGUGGUUUGCUAUUUAUGUAUUAAAUAAACAAACAUAAAUAUAAAAAUUGUUUUUAAGAAUAUUUCAUUAUGUUUAGUAUUAAAUGUUUCUAAUUAUAAAUAAGCAUUUUUUAACAGCCGCAAAGCACUUAAUUUCAAUUGCUUUCUAAAAAAAAUUAACUGGUCGAAUGUUUCUUAUGCUUAAGUAUUGGAACAAACCUAUUAUAAUCUAUAGUAUAAUAUGUCCAUGUUUAUCUCACAGGUUUCAGUCCGCUCCGAUAGGGAUUGAAUUGAGUAUAACUGAUCGAAGUUUAAGAAAUAAACAUCACAGAUUUAGUUUUUAUGUAAUAAUAGUUUGUGAGAACUUCAAUUGGACUGGAACUUAAAGAGUGACCGCAAAAAUCGCCAGUUUUUUUACAAUUCGCAGAAAACUAAAGAAAAUAGAUAAAAAUAUAUUUU